AUGGAUAUAUUGAAUCUAAUCGGAUCGAUUAUUGUACUUAUCGUGGCUGUCCCUGGAAUUUUGUUCAGCUCUUUUGUAGUAUAUUUAUUUGUUUCGGGAUCUUCAGACAAGACCAGUUUCAAUGUAAUAUGCUUGACAAGAGCAGUGAAUAAUAUAAUUGUGUUGGUUUUCAACUUUUUGGUAAUCACAUUUCCAUCGCUAUUAUUAUCUUACAACUAUCUUCCAAUAUCACUAGAAACACUGCUCAUACUUUCAACUGUCAAUAUCUAUGUGGCAAAUGAUGUUCUAACGAUUUUAGUUGCAAUUAAUCGAUUUAUUGCAAUGUUCGCCCCGUUCUAUUAUGACAAACUUUGCAGUAUUAAAGUCACUGCGGCAUGUAUCUCCCUCAUCUACUUGAAUCGAGUAUAUGCAACUAUGACAAAAAGCUACAAUCUUUUUGACGGAGGCUGCAGAAUUUACACAAGCCUUGAAACAUUUGCAACUACAUAUGAAGACCCUAGCUGUAAAAAAACAUCGGACAAUGGAUUCAGUAGUUUUGACGUGCUUUUCGGAGCAAUUGGGUUCCUUGGGAUAGCACUUAUUUUGAAUCUUUUUACGUUUUCCAAGAUUUUAAGGUUUUAUUUGGGCAAGAAUGGACAGAGAAGCAAGGAAACUUCAAUGUCAAUUAGGAAAAACAUUCGGAUGUUUUUUCAAACAGUGCUUCAAGAUUCUCUAUUUCUGAUUGAUGUAUUAUUCACAUACAAGUUCAGCACUCUGAGCAAAGCCCGUAUUUGGCUCUUCAUAAGCAUAAUUCUUGUUUGGGAGUCGAUUUAUAUGCUUGAUGGAUUUAUUAUGUUAAUGUUUUCGGAUAAACUAUCGACUUUAAAAUCGAUGUUUGUGAAGAAAAAGUUAAAUUCAAUAGAACGGGUGCCAUCGGAAAUUCGAUCAGUUAAUCCUGUACACUCAUUGGCAGAAGUUGGUUGA